AUGGGCCGUUUCAGCGCCGGAGUCUCGUUUUUGAAACUGGCAUCUGUUUUUGAUGCCGGCAUUGUAUUGAAUUUCUUUUUAAAUCAAACAGUAGCACCUUGUCCCCCUGGUUCUGAGUGGUCAUCCUGCGUAGCGUGUGGUUCUGAUUGUGCCUCUCUACAUGUGGUCUGUACUGAUGUCUGCCGAGAAGGGUGUAGGUGUUUGGAAUACGGAUAUGUCUUCCAUGAAGGUUCCUGUAUCCCGCAAUCUGACUGUCCUACAGCAGAGCCCACAACAGAGGUAACAUCGCCCCCAGAGUGGCUGCUUUCAUCAGAAAUCCCUACAACAGUAGCACCUUGUCCCUCUGGUGCUGAGUGGUCCUCCUGCGUAGCGUGUGGUUCUGAUUGUGCCUCUCUACAUGUGGUCUGUACUGAUGUCUGCCGAGAAGGGUGUAGGUGUUUGGAAUACGGAUAUGUCUUCCAUGAAGGUUCCUGUAUCCCGCGAUCUAACUGUCCUACAGCAGAGCCCACAACAGAGGUAACAUCGCCCCCAGAGUGGCUGCCUUCAUCAGAAAUCCCCACAACAGCAGAGGAACCAACAACCCUACUAUGGCUGCCUUCUUCAGAAAUCCCUAUAGCAGAGACAACAACAGAGGUACCGUCACCCCCAAUAUGGCUGCCUUCAUCAGAAAUCCCUACAACAGAAACCACAACAUUAACAAUCUCUGACACAAUGGAACCAGUUUUGGACACUACACAGGAAACUUCUCCAACAGAAUCCACAACAACGGAGACAGCAAUGAUGGACUGGCCAACAACAACAACAGAGUCCACCACAACAGAGACAACAACAAUGGACUGGCCUACAACAACAACAGGUACAAUAUCUAUAGUUUUUAGCUGUCCAGUACCUUAAAUUAACCUUAAAUUA